UCAUAUGUUCACUUGGCCAGCAGGUCAUUCUGCCAUGUAAUGCUCCUGGAAAUAUGGUAGUCCUCGCCAUGCAGUGGUCCAGACGUGACCUGACAGAAUACGUGCUGCACUAUCGUGAUGACCAACUUGAUCCAGACGACCAGGAUCCGUCUUAUACGGGCCGGGUAAACCUGACCAAUACCCACAUGCAGAAUGGGGAUUUCUCAAUGAUACUGAUGAACAUGACGACUGCUGACAUUGGAACAUACGAGUGUAUAGCCUUCCAGAGAAGACCAGGGAUGGACUCUGAAAUCCUCAGCAUCGUAAACCUGAAUGUCAGUCAGUCAGAUGAAGGAAGCAGGAAUGGAGUCAGCAGUGGCGCAGCUACAGGAAGAAACCAUCUUGGUCUCAUUGUGUCACUGUCAGUUAUUGCAGGGAUCAUUCUGGUGGCUGGUAUUCUCUAAUCUAUAUUAGGUGCCAAACUAACAUUGGAUCCUCAGCU